UGAAAUAGUGAAAUUAGUUUGUGUAUGCUGAAUUGGUGAUUAAAGUGACCUUGCUUUUCAAUAGACUCCAAAGUCUCAGCUCACUGCUAUGGCUGCCGAAAAAGAUGCUGCUCUCGCCGCUGCACCUUCCGAUGCUCCCACCAUAUUUGAUAAAAUCAUUAAAAAGGAAAUUCCAGCAAAAGUGGUUUUUGAGGAUGAUAAGGUACUAGCUUUUAGAGAUAUCUCUCCACAAGCUCCAACACACAUUGUGAUUAUCCCAAAAGUGAGAGAUGGAUUGACUGGACUCUCUAAGGCAGAGGAAAAGCAUUGUGAAAUUCUUGGCAAGCUUCUUUACACUGCAAAGCUUGUUGCUAAACAAGAAGGUCUUGAUGACGGCUUCAGAGUAGUGAUCAAUGACGGCCCAAGUGGAUGUCAAUCUGUUUAUCAUAUUCACAUCCACCUCAUUGGAGGGCGUCAAAUGAAUUGGCCUCCUGGCUAAAGACACUAGGAAACCAUGGUUGUGUUCCUAUUACUUUGGCACCAUGAGAGCAGAACUAGCAUUGUAAAAGGAAGUUGAACCUUGAAUAAAGUCGUUUCAUUUGCACAAGUUUCUGUUGAUGUUAAUUGAAUCUUAAGUGGUUAUAGAGACUGAAUUGUGGCAAUCAAAAUUUUAUUGCUUGACUAUUGUUUCAGAUUAUAAAUUUUAUGCAAUUAUCUUAUUGUUGUGUUA